GAGCGCAGCGCUGCCAUGGGGCGCUUCCGCAAAGAUGGCGGCUGUUGCGGCCACGGGCGCUCGGCUGGCGGCCUGGGGCGCAAGACUGCGUCGCGGAGUCGCUGCCGGCCGGCGGGCCUUGCGCCCCGGUCCCGUGGCGGCGGCAGUGGCCGGCGUGGCCCUGGCAGGAGCAGGAGUGGCAUGGUACCACGGCCGAGUGAAUGUCGCGGCGCCCGAGGGCAGCCUCACCGUCUUCGCCCAGAAAAACACUGACUAUGACGAGAUGAUAGGGAAAUUGUCUCUUCGUAAACAGCGCUUCAUGCAGUUUUCUUCACUGGAAUAUGAAGGAGAAUAUUAUAUGACACCACGAGACUUCCUCUUUUCAGUAAUGUUUGAGCAAAUGGAACGUAAAACUUCAGUCAAGAAGCUGACAAAAAAGGAUAUCGAAGAUGUACUGGCAGGAAUCCAAAAAGCUGGUUGUGGAUCAACGUUUUUUAGAGACCUUGGUGAUAAAGGGUUAAUUUCGUAUCCUGAGUAUCUUUUCUUGCUUACAAUCCUCACUAAACCCCAUACUGGGUUUCAUGUUGCUUUUAAAAUGCUGGAUGCAGAUGGUGAUGAGAUGGUUGAGAAAAAGGAAUUUUUUAAGCUGCAGAAGAUCAUAAGUAAACAAGAUGACUUGAAGACAACAAUAACUAAUGAAACAGAAUGCCAGGAACCAACAGUGAAAGAACCUGAAAUUAACACAACCCUUCAGAUACGUUUCUUUGGAAAAAGAGGAGAAAGAAAACUUCAUUAUAGAGAAUUUCGAAGAUUUAUGGAAAAUUUACAAGCAGAGGUCCAAGAAAUGGAAUUCCUUCAAUUCUCUAAAGGUUUGAGUUUCAUGAGAAAAGAAGACUUUGCAGAGUGGCUACUUUUUUUCACUAACACUGAAAAUAAAGACAUUUAUUGGAAAAAUGUGAGAGAGAAGUUGUCAGCAGGAGAGAGCAUUAGUUUGGAUGAGUUCAAGUCAUUUUGUCAUUUUAUGACCCAUUUGGAAGACUUUGCUAUUGCCAUGCAAAUGUUUAGUUUAGCUCAUCGUCCCGUCAGACUUGCGGAGUUUAAGAGAGCUGUGAAAGUAGCAACAGGACAGGAGCUCUCGAACAACAUUUUGGACACUGUCUUCAAGAUCUUUGAUUUGGAUGGUGAUGAAUGUCUUAGUCAUGAAGAGUUUCUUGGGGUGUUAAAAAACAGGAUGCAUCGAGGCUUAUGGGUACCACAACAACUAAGUGUACAAGAAUACUGGAAAUGUGUGAAAAAAGAAAGCAUUAAAGGAGUAAAAGAAGUCUGGAAACAAGCUGGAAAAGGUCUUUUUUAGAAAAAAGAUAACGUAGGAAUUACCUUGCUCCAAAUGUGAGAGAUUUUUUUUAAGUACUAGAUGUUUAUCUUCUUAAGUCUUCAUUGAUUUCCUUUCUAAUAAUAAAGAUGCCUUGUAUUUGCUUUCUGAUGUGAUAAUUUCUUAAUAAGAUUUUAUUUAAAAACUUAGUAAAAAGAAAGUAUUCUUUUGCAAAAACAAAUAUUGGAUUCUGUCAGAAGGCCUAGGAUUGAAGUAAUGCUUUGUACUUUGAUGAGAUGGAAAACCUGGUUAUUCACUGAUUGCUUAGACAUGCUAGCACAGUAUGCUCUCUGGAAGCGUCAACAAGUGGUUAUGGAAAAAUGUCAUUGAUACACAAGGCUAAUAUCAAUUCUACAAGUCCUGAUGUUCCUAAUAGGACAAAUUAAGUUAAAAACAUUUCAGGUUUUCUCAUCUGUAUCUUAUAUCUGAUAAACUUCUUGUAUAUUCUAUUUCAGUUAGCUAUAUAUUAGUUGUCUUAAAAAAUAACAUGUAAAUUUCAAUAUCCUAUCUGGAAACAGAAUAAAGUAUUUAUAAAGAUA